AUGCCGCCGCAGACGCCUGUAGGAGCUCCCCAUCCCCUCGUCGUCGAUCUCCAUCAGAUCGCCUCGUCGAAUGCCACUGUCCACUCGUUCUUCAAAACGCGACAGCCGUCAUGGGUGGCUCUGUCCACGUCCACAUCCACGCCGUCUACUCGCUUCGCCAAUCCGCGUAGGAACGUUUACUACACAGCCGGCACCGUAGCCACCACCAAUGCGCCUUCUCAAAACACGCAACCACCCUUGGCGGCGAGGCCGCAUUUCCCAGCGACACGCUUCUAUCAAGCUCUCAAGUCCCUUAUUGUAGGGCCGAGCUCCGUUGCGCCUACAAAUACCAUUCGGGAGUUCCACUUCGCCCUUACAAAAGAGCAGUAUAAGUUGCGGUCAACCAUCUCGAAAAGUCUACGCGAGCUGCUACCCUCGGCCCAAUAUUUCGACGGGUCACUCUAG